GGUGACAGGAAACAUACCACAGAACACGUAGCGACAGUUCAACAGCUCCAGGGAAGACGAGGUCGUCACUGGCGAUCCCCCACCGCCGACCGAACACCACCAUUCCAGGCAUUUUACCCGAAUUUAGCAAACACCCAAAGGCCGGAUUCAGGUGAACAAGCAAACGGUAAGAUCUACUCUUCCGUUGAGUUAAACACUGACCCCAUAGAUUCACCCAUAACAAAGUGCAGUCGCUGAAUCCUAACUAUCAACGAAGAUAUUCAGUGUGCACAUGUAGUCUGUAUUAAGCCCCAAUAAUCGCACACAUUUAUGUGUGAGCCAUAAUAAAUACAAUCCAGGAACGAACCUGUAUUUUAGGAAAGGUCUACGUCACGUGACUAUGUUCUCUCGCCAGAUAAGAAAGCUAUUCCGAGAAUGACACCAUUAAUCCGCUAACACACCAUCCGACUAUCUGUAAAGAACCAGUAAUCUGGUAUUUGAUCUUCCCUGCCGUUUGUUUACUCGCAUAGAUUUCCGUGUGCCAGUGGCAGGGUGCGACCACGAUGGUCUUCCUCUUGCAACAUCGCGCAGCGAAUGUUAAUUCCGCUUUGUCCUAGAAACAACUACCGCACCCUUUUGGCAAAAGCGCGGAUCUGUCACGCGUCAUCGGGCCGGGAAAUCCUUUUCGGCCUUUUUUGAGCUGACGGAAUUCUGCAUCGAUUAUUUAGAUGUUUUUUUUUUCUUUCAUUUAAUGACUAUUCCGAAGUCUACGACAAUAAAGAAGUCACUGACAUGUACGUGAUACGUUCAUAGACCUGCUGGGCUACCUGGAGCCACACCGCGGUUCCAUGGUGUAAUGGUUAGCACUCUGGACUCUGAAUCCAGCGAUCCGAGUUCAAAUCUCGGUGGAACCUGACUUUUUUCUAGUCCUUCGUUUUCUCAACAUAUUUCGUUUUGAAGGGCAACCAUUUCCCCAAACGGCAUUUCCGAUCAUAUAACACCAACGCUCUCAGCGAACCCUUCUGGCGUUAUUAUUUUACGACCUUGCGUUGAAAGACCAGUACGCAGUGACGUCACCUAAACAUGGCGGCGUGCAUCACACACCGUUCUUAUGCGAUGUGUUGUACUGGAAUUAGCACUUUUCGACUUUGUAGUCAUGUUUUCUGUUCAAGAGGACCAUUUUAUAAUCUGCAACCUAACACGAAUUACGGAACUAGAGGGACAGACUCCAACCAAGACGCACAACUACACAUUCCAGUUGACAGACUGAAAACAUCCUACAGCAGAAGUAGUGGUCCUGGUGGGCAGCAUGUCAACAAAGUAAAUACCAAAGCAGAGGUCCGAUUUCAUGUGUUAACGGCAGACUGGAUUCCAGAAGAUGUUCGGCAGAAGAUCACUGAGAAGAAUAAAAACAUUAUCAACAAAGCAGGCGAGCUGCUUGUGACGUCAGAGCGCAGUCGAAGUCAACAUAGGAACCUCACCGACUGCAUAGAGAAGAUCGCAGCAAUCAUAGCUGAGGCCAGCGAGAAGCCAUAUGAGCCAACUGAAGAAGAUCUUGCGGUCCGAGCUGCCAGGUUGGAUAAACAGAAUAGAGAAAGACUCAAAAAGAAGAAGAAACAUUCAGAAAUCAAACAGAGCCGACGAGUGGAGUUUGAUUGAUGUGUGUUUUUUCUCAUGGGACCAGAACAUUUCAUGAUUUGCCAACUGAAAAAAUAAUAAACUUUGAAUUGAUAAACAGUGAACUCAAUUUUGUUGACAAGAACACAAUGUAAAGUUGAGGUUGAGGACAAACGUAAAUCGAG